CGAAGGCUGAGCGCGAUGCUGAAGGAGCUCUUGUUGUUAGCGCUAGCGGCGCUAUGCAUGUCGGAGGGAUUGCACAUCACCGGUAAAACCGCCGACAUGGACUUCCUUCACAAGCAGAAGAAGAUCUAUGAAUUGAUGUUCUUCGUCAAGCAAAACACCCUCACCGAUAUGGAGUUCUACGAGAUUGGCCGCAAUUACAACAUAGAGAGCAACAUCGACAUGUACAACGACAAGUUUAUUGUCCAGGAGUUCCUGUAUCUGUACAAAACCGGCACGCUUAGUCGUAAUGCCAUCUACUCGCCGUAUUAUGAGGAACACCGCGAAGAGGUAAAGAUUCUCUUCAAACUUUUCUACAGCGCCAAGGACUUCCAGACCUUCUACAAGACCGCGGCUUGGGCGCGUCUCCACCUCAACGACGGCGUCUUUACAUCCGCCUUCACCAUCGCUGUCUUCUAUCGUCCCGACUGCAAGUAUAUGAGACUGCCGGCCCCCUAUGAGAUCUAUCCCAAUCUGUACUUCAAUAACGAUGUAAUCCAGCAGGCCCACGAUAUCAAGAUGAUGCGCGGAAUGUCUACCAAUAUGGAUAACGUCGACAACUACGUAAUUUACGCCAACUAUUCCGGGAGCUUUGUCAAGCCCUAUCUCGACAACGAAUACAAAUUGGAUUAUUUUAUGGAGGAUGUUGGACUGAACACCUAUUACUAUUAUGUCCGUCAAGUGAUGCCGUUCUGGCUCGACAUGAAGGAUUUAGAGAUCCCGGAAUAUUUCCGCGGCUAUUUCUAUUAUUUCAAACACAAGCAAUUGCUGAGUCGCUACUAUUUGGAACGCAUCUCCAAUGAUUUGGGCGAUAUCGAGGACUUUGACUGGAAUAAACCCUUCUACCCGGGCUACUAUUCGACCCUGACGUACAACAACGGAAUAGUCAUGCCACAACGCUCUCGCUACUCAAACGUGCCGUUUUAUAAAUACAAAUAUCUGAAGGAUAUCGAGGCUCUGGAAAUGCGUAUCAUGAACGCCAUUGAUCUCGGUUACGUGUACGACAAGAAUGGUAAGCAAGUCAACAUCUACACUCCCGAGGGCUUGAGCAUCCUCGCGAACUUGAUCGAAGGUAACGUGGAUUCGUGCAACCAACGCUUCUACGGAAUGUACGACGCUCUCGCCCGGGAUAUCCUCGGUUUCAACGUUGACUACAAAGACAAGAACAAGGUGAUCCCGAGCGCUCUUCAAUGUUACAGCACCAACUUGAGAGAUCCAGGCUUCUAUCGUCUGAUCAAGAGGAUAAUGACUUACUUCUUCAGAUACAAGAAAAAUGCACCGGUUUAUACUCAGAACGAGUUAAUCUUCCCGGGCAUCAAAUUUGAAUCUGUCAAUAUCGAUAAACUAACGACUUACUUCGACAAUUGCGACACGUUCAUCAACAAUGCCCUUUCCGUGGAGAGCUUUAAGGAAGGAAUGAAGUUACGCGUGAAGACUCGCCGUUACUGCCUCAACUACAAGCCGUUCACCUACCGCUUCAAUAUCAACAGUGACAAGGAGACUAAAGCCAUGCUGAAAAUCUUCCUCGGGCCUGCUUUCGAUGACGUUCACAAGGAGAUGGAUCUAUCGUAUCUCCGCGAGUACUACAAAUAUUUCAUCGAGAUGGAUAACUUUGUCGUAACGCUGAGACAAGGCAUGAACACCAUCGAACGCCGCAGCUCAGACUCGAUCUACACCAUGCCCGAUAUGAUGUCCAGCGAUAUGUUCUAUAAGAAGUUGGAGAAAGCUCUGGGUGGCGGUGAACCAUUCGUCUACUACGAGAAACUUUUCACUCUGCCCGAGCGUCUGACUCUGCCCAAGGGCAAACCUGAAGGCAUGCGAUUCAAGAUGUUCUUCUACCUGAGCACGCUCGAUGAUACCAAGAUCAUGAACGUAGAGCUGCCAAUCUUUGGAAAACUGAUGCUGGACGGAAAACCACUCGGCUUCCCGCUCGACAGACCGAUGUACCCAUGGAAGUUCUUUAACCAGCCGAACAUGUUAAUGAAGAAUGUGUACAUCUAUCACAUGACGGAAAACGAGAAAACGAUGAGCUUUUAUUGGUCACCGGUUAUCAUUGUCGCUGGUUAUUUCAUUCGGGAUGCCAUAAUCAUGUACCCCGAACUUUUUUUAUCUCAGCACAGAACAGUAUAUAAUGCAAUUCGCGGGAGAUGCUGCGAGCCGAUCCUUCGCGAAGCAAGCAUGAGGAUGAAAGUGAUCGCCUUGUUCCUGACGGCUGCGUGCCUGGCUCAUGCCACGCAAGUGCCCACCCACACCGCCGACAAAUCAUACCUGACUAAGCAGAAGAACAUCUACGAGCUAUUCUGGCAUGUUGAUCAGCCGACUGUCUAUCAUCCGGAGCUCUACCAAAAGGCGCGAUCCUUCAAUCUCGUAGACAACAUCUCUUCCUUCACAGAUCAGGCAGCGGUGACCGAGUUGCUGCAGCGAUUGCAGCAUGGAUUGCUCCCGCGAGGAGAAGUGUUCUCCGUGAGGGUACCCCAACAGUAUGAGGAAGCCGUCAACCUGUUCCGCGUCCUCCAUACCGCCAAGGACUUUGACACUUUUUAUAAUACUGCCGUAUGGAUGCGCUUCCACGUGAACGAAUACAUGUACAUUUACGUGUUGAGCGUUGUCGUCUUGCAUCGCCCGGACACCAAAAACAUCCGUCUGCCCCCCGCUUACGAGGUGCUCCCGCAGUACUUCUUCAACGAGGAGGUCAUACAUAAGGCCUAUCGUGUCGCAAUGGGCGACACACAAUCUGUUGGCUUAAGGAAAACGAUCGGAGGUGUGGAUCAUUAUUAUAUUCCUGUCAACUACACUGGCUCAUAUAUAGUGCACUCCCACGUUCAGGAACAGCAAAAAUUAAGCUACUUACUCGAGGAUGUCGGUUUGAAUGCUUUCUACCUCGCAAGCUCCCACGAUUUCCCGUACUGGAUGAACAGCGUUCAGGUCAACAUGCCCCAGAACAUUCGCGGCGAAUUGUACUUGUACAUGCACAAACAGCUGCUGAAUCGCUAUUAUCUGGAGAGACUGUCGAACGAUCUCGGCGAGGUCGAUUAUGUCGAUGUGAACAAACCUAUCGUUCCGGGUUACUAUCCGAUGAUGCAGCAUCCCAACGGUCAGUCGUUUCCACAACGUCCCGUCGGUUUUGAGAUCCCUCUUCACGCGCACAAGGAUGUCCAGGCUCUGAACGACUACCAUGCUCGCAUCUCCAACGCCAUCGAUAGUGGUAUUCUCGUCGACGUGAAUGGCAAACAUAUCAACAUUUACGAGACUGUGGACGGUUUAAAUCAUCUCGGCAAUGUUAUCCAUGGUAAUGCCGAUUCUGUCAAUCCUACGUAUUACGGACACAUAGAUCCAUUGUACAGGAAAGUUUUUGGCGUAAGCCCGGUACACACCACCACCACCACCACCACCAAAAGUCACGUUGUUCCUAACGCUCUCGACAUGUUAAGCACCCGUUUGAGAGAUCCCGUGUUCUACGGAAUAUGCAAAAAUAUUGUCACUUACUGGAUGAGAUACAAAGAACACUUGCCGAAAUACACGCACGAGGAACUCGUUUUCCCGGGUGUGAAAGUCGAAUCCGUCACCGUCGACAAGCUAACGACAUUCUUCGAUCAUUUCGAAUCAUUGAUCAGCAAUGCCGUGUCUGUGCGCAGUCACAAAGAAGCGCAAUCGGUGCUGAUCAAGGCACGCCAAUACCGUCUCAACCACAAGCCCUUCACUUUUCACAUUACCGUCAAUAGCGACAAGGUCGUUAAGGCGAUCUUCCGCAUCUUCCUUGGACCGAAAAACGACGUUUACGGUCGUGAACUGGACUUGAGCGAGAACUACAUAAACUUUGUGGAGUUGGAUCAGUGGGUUGUUGAUUUAAAACCCGGUACCAACAAAAUUGAGCGCAGCAGCCACGAGUCCAUAUAUGUCGUUCCGGACGAGGUGCCAAGCGAUGUCCUGUACAAGAAGAUAGUGAAGGCUCUCGAAGGUGGCGAGACUUUUACCUAUCCGGAACAGCUUUACGGUCUCCCUGAUCGUCUGACACUUCCCAAGGGCAAGAAAGAAGGCAUGCCAUUCAAGGUCUUCGUGGCAGUGUCGCAUUUCGACGAGACGACGGCCACGCACAUAGAUAAUCCCGUCCUGGGCCCCAUGGUGGCGGACGCUCGUCCGUUAGGAUACCCACUUGACAGACCGGUUUCCUUCAAUUUCACCGAAACCACCAUACCCAACUUCUACACCAAGGACGUUCUAGUUUAUCACAAGCAAGCGGAGGAAUUGAAUCUCACCGUGUAACAACAAAAUCCAUUUUUAACUCACUAAGCGAUGAUGUCAGAUCAUAUUCUCUUCGCGCUUAUAAGUUGUAGUUAUUUAGCACGCAUGAUUGCGUUGGUUAAAAGAGAUAAUAAGAAACAUAGAUAAAAAAUAUGGAUAUUGGGUUUUGUAGCAAACAUGUAACGCCUAAAUUGCAUCUCCCGUAAGGAAUAAAUUCUAUGAAAUGAUCCUCUCACAUUUA